GUUUAUCUCGUGAUUCGGCGUUUUCAUGGGAUUAUUUCUCGGUAAAAAAAAUCUUAGAUAUCCAUGGGAGUAACCUAAACCAGUGGCAUCGUAUUCGGAUUCAUACAUUUGCAGCGCUAUGAUGAGAACUUUGCAGCUGCGACACCGAGGCGUUGUAUAGGGACUCAAACCCAGUGCGCGGACCCGUCUGGAUUGUGCACGCCGCUGGCAGACGGUGGGUGUGUGCACUGCACGUCCGUACCUAUCUUCAGAGGCAAAGCCUGGAGCCUUUGUAGCAGCAGUUGGCUCGGGUGCAGAAUAAAGAUGGAAGGUGUCGGGUCCUUUGGCGCUGGGAGAGCUGGAGGUGAAUUCGAUCCGGUCGCCUUUAUCAAACGACCUCAGACGAUUCUAAGAAUACUUUCAUGGAUCUUCUCCAUGGUGGUGUUCGGCUCCAUCGUGAACGAAGGCUACAUCAACAGCGGGAGCGAGAGGCUGCACUGCAUCUUCAACAAGAACUACGACGCCUGUAACUACGGCAUCACUGUGGGCGUGGUGGCCUUCCUGGCCUGCAUAUUCUUCACAGUCCUGGACAUUCACUUCCCUCAGAUCAGCAGCGUGAAGGACCGGAAGAAGGCCUUGCUCGUGGAGGUGGGCUUCUCAGGUUUCUGGACAUUCAUGUGGUUCGUGGGGUUCUGUUUCCUGGCCAACCAGUGGCAGCAAACCUCACCCAAUGAGCUUCCCCUGAUUCAGGGAGCAGAUGCAGCUCGAGCUGCGAUCGCCUUCUGCUUCUUCUCCAUCAUCACCUGGGCUUGCCUCACCGUGGCAGCUGUGCAGAAGCUUCUCCUGGGGACUGACAUGGCCCUCUUCACCACUGACCACCUGGAAGCCAAGCCCAACAUCCAGCCCUACCCCCCCAGCACCGUGGUGGAGACCACCGAGUCCGACACCUACAAGAGCCCGCCUUUCACCCAGAACCUUCAGACCAGCCCCAAGGGCUACCCUGAGCCCACAUACUGA